CAAGAUUUCCUGGUGGUUUAUGGCAUUCUCCAAACUCCUAUGCAAGGGCUAUUCCUGACCAAGAAGACCCAAGGAGACUGGCUCUAAAAUCAAGUCCUGAUGGAGAACUAAGAGGGACAAAAUGAAUAUGGUUUUUGCUCACAGAAUGGAUAACAGCAAGCCGCCUUUGGUUAGUCCGACACUGCUGGCGCCCUUCCAAAACCACAGCCUCCCUGAAACAGCCACGCCGCUGCCAAGCCACGACCUCACGGAAUUACAUGAGGAGCACGGCUGGAUGAGCAACAGAACAGGCCUGCAGUAUGCACUGAAGCCUGGGGAAGUGGCCACAGCCAGCAUUUUCUUUGGGACCCUGUGGUUGUUGUCUGUCUUCGGCAAUUCCCUGGUGUGUUUGGUCAUCCACAGGAGUAGGAGGACUCAGUCCACCACCAACUACUUUGUGGUCUCCCUGGCGUGCGCCGAUCUUCUCAUCAGCGUGGCCAGCUCACCUUUCGUCCUGCUUCAGUUCACCACCGGGAGGUGGACCCUCGGCAGUGCCAUGUGCAAGGUUGUGCGGUAUUUUCAGUAUCUCACCCCCGGCGUCCAGAUCUAUGUUCUCCUCUCCAUCUGCAUAGACCGGUUCUAUACCAUUGUCUAUCCUCUGAGCUUCAAGGUGUCCAGAGAAAAAGCCAAAAAAAUGAUUGCAGCAUCGUGGAUCUUCGACGCAGCCUUUGUGGCCCCUGUGUUCUUUUUCUAUGGGUCCAGCUGGGACAAUCAUUGUAACUAUUUCCUACCUUCCUCUUGGGAGGGAACAGCCUAUACUGUCAUCCAUUUCUUGGUGGGCUUUGUGAUUCCAUCUGUCCUCAUAAUCUUAUUUUACCAGAAGGUCAUAAAGUAUAUUUGGAGGAUAGGCACUGACGGCCGGACUGUGAGGAGGACAAUGAACAUUGUCCCAAGGACAAAAGUGAAAACUGUCAAGAUGUUCCUCAUUUUAAACCUAUUGUUUUUGCUUUCCUGGCUGCCUUUUCAUGUAGCUCAGCUGUGGCACCCCCAUGAACGAGACUAUAAGAAAAGUUCCCUUGUCUUCACAGCGAUCACAUGGAUAUCCUUUAGUUCUUCAGCCUCUAAACCUACUCUGUAUUCAAUCUAUAAUGCCAGUUUUAGGAGAGGAAUGAAAGAGACUUUUUGCAUGUCCUCGAUGAAAUGUUACCGAAGCAAUGCCUAUACGAUCACAACCAGUUCAAGGAUGGCCAAAAAAAACUAUGUUGGCAUUUCAGAAAUCCCUCCUGUGGCCAAGACUAUCACCAAAGACUCAAUCUAUGAUUCAUUUGACAGAGAAGCCAAGGAAAAAAAGCUUGCUUGGCCCAUCAACUCAAACCCACCAAACACUUUUGUUUAG